AUGAAUGCUCAACCAAAAAAUAGUGACCCGCCAAAAUCUGAAGUGGAGACUGCUAGACCAAACAUGAAGAGUGUAGUGAUUGACACUGCAACAGAGACUAGAAAAAUUUCAAGUCAAGCUACCAAGAAGAAAUCACAGCAGGCUGGUGCAUCGGUUGAUACUGAUAGCUUUCUGGAAUCAUUGGGACUCGAAAAAUACUUGACAGCUUUCCAAGUGGAAGAAGUUGUACUAUUUGCUUGUACUUGA